UGCAUGUCUGGAUAUUAUGCAGAAACAAAAGAACAAAGUCUGAAAGCUGAAAAACAUGCUCUGGGCAGUCUGUGUGUGUGCUGGGCAGGCUUGUAACUGAUCUCUCUUUCUGGUUUUUCUUUGCUUCGGUGCUGUCAACCUCCCUCCAUGAUCUCCGGUACUGUUCCUCGAUUUUCGGCACUGUUCCUCCAUGAUCUGGUAGUGGGAUUGCAGCUUGAAUCAUAUUUCUUUGUCUUGAACAAAAAAAUAUACACACACACCUUUGGAGCUGAAGAAAAAGAAGGAAGAAAUGGAUCAAUCCUCGAUGGAGAAACUGAUCUCGUGACUUGGGAACCGGACGGAAUUGCGACGAUCACCAUCAAUCGGCCUAAGUCCCUCAACUCGUUGACCCGGGCAAUGAUGAAGAAUCUUGCUCAAGGGUUCAAGGCCCUGGGAAAGGACAAUUCCGUACGGGUCAUAAUCCUUACAGGGUCGAGUCGGGCGUUCUGUUCUGGCGUCGAUCUGACGGCGGCGGAGGACGUGUUUAAGGGUGACGUGAAGGACCUGGAGUCUAAUACUGUUGCCCAGAUGGAACGGUGCCCCAAACCCCUUAUCGGAGCCAUUAACGGGUUCGCAGUCACCGCCAGGUCACAAGAAUCAUUGGAAAACGACGCCCCAUCGAAGCCGAGCUCUUGCGCCUCGAAUAAUUGACCGUGCUUCUUGGCGAGGAGAGGGGAAGAAGACGAUGGAAGCUAGCAAACGAAGUAAAACCCUAGAUCCCCA